GUUCGCUUGUGGCUAGAGGACGUUGGUGUCACACAGGAGAGGGGCUCUUCAGGUAGUUUUUAUUUUCAGUAAAUCGAGAAAAGAAACAACAGAAACAAAAAUGUUUUCCCGUGCCGUGAGACCUACCGUGAGCCUCGCCCGGAGCUUGUCCACCUCUUCGCAGAACAACGCCAAGGUGGCGGUGCUCGGCGCGUCUGGCGGCAUAGGCCAGCCGCUCUCCUUGCUGCUGAAGAAUAGCCCCCUGGUGAGUCACCUCUCCCUGUAUGAUAUUGCCCACACCCCCGGGGUCGCUGCAGAUCUCAGCCACAUCGAAACAAGGGCUCAUGUUACCGGCCACAUGGGUCCCGACCAGCUGGAUGCCGCACUGCAGGGCUGCGACGUCGUGGUCAUCCCCGCCGGUGUGCCCAGAAAACCUGGUAUGACCCGCGAUGACCUUUUCAACACCAAUGCCACCAUUGUAGCCACCUUGGCCGAUGCCUGUGCCCGCAACUGCCCCGAGGCUAUGAUCUGCGUUAUCGCCAACCCUGUCAACUCCACCAUCCCCAUUACAUCAGAGGUCAUGAAGAAGCACGGAGUGUACAACCCCAACAAAGUGUUUGGCGUCACAACCCUGGACAUUGUCAGAGCAAAUACCUUCGUGGCAGAGCUUAAAGGCCUUGACCCAGCUCGUGUCAAUGUACCAGUCAUUGGAGGUCAUGCUGGGAAGACCAUCAUUCCCCUCAUUUCCCAAUGCACACCCAAAGUUGAGUUCCCUGCUGACCAGCUGUCUGCCCUGACUGGCAGGAUCCAGGAGGCUGGCACAGAGGUAGUGAAGGCCAAGGCUGGAGCUGGAUCUGCCACCCUGUCCAUGGCCUACGCUGGUGCCCGUUUCACUUUCUCAGUCCUCGAUGCCAUGAAUGGUAAAGAGGGAGUGGUGGAGUGCUCCUUCGUCAGGUCUGAGGAAACAGAGUGCAAGUACUUCUCCACGCCUCUCCUCCUGGGGAAGAACGGCAUUGAGAAGAACCUCGGCCUGGGCAAGCUGUCUGCCUUCGAGGAGAAGCUGGUGGCUGAUGCCAUCGACGAGCUGAAGGGCUCCAUCAAGAAGGGCGAGAAUUUUGUGGCUAAUAUGAAAUGAACAGUGGGCAUUUAGUGAGCUAAAAUCAGCAGCUGUGAUUGCUAAUUUGUUCCGUCUUAACUUAAAAGGCAUCUGGGUAAAUCUCAAGAUCUGUCACAGUGUUCCUCAUUUGUUUUUGUUUUAGCAGUAUGGUCGUCUUGAUUAAAAAAUCCAGGUUUUGACCCUGAUCCUGUGUAUUAAUUUCCUUACCAUUUACAAACAUGGCUUUAUCUUGCACACCUGUGAUUUAUGUACAUACUGUACUGUGACUUAACUGUAUUUUGCAAAUCUCAAAUUCAUAUAUUUUCAUGUACAAUCUGUAGUAGUGGAGAUUUCUCUGCUGAAUGAAUGAGGAGGAAAUACUGUCAUGCCUGUCGAUGCUAGUAGAUGUUACUGGUGAACCAAAUAUUCACUCCACCAAUAAACAGUUUAGCUUUAAAAAUGA